AUCAUUUAAUUUGCUAUGUGAUUUUACUGUAUUAAGGUAUCGCUUGAAUUUUUUUGUGUUUAAUUAUAUAUACACUUUUGUGUGUUUUUCCCUGCAUAUCUCUUAAUGAUGCUGAAAAAUUGAUACAUGAUCUUAUCACUAGUCGCCUUGACUACUGUAAUUCCCUUUUUACGGUUUUGCCGAAAACGACCACUUAUAAGUUACAUGUAAUUCGGAAUCCUGCUGCCAGAAUACUAGCAAAAACAAAGAAAACGGGUAAUAUCACACCAAUCCUGUGGUAUCUUUUACCAGAACGCUGACGUGCACCAUUUAUAGACCUUUAUGUAUAACUAAGAUGAAACAGACAUUUUUGUGAAGCAGCUUUUAGCUAUUAUGCUCCAAAACUGGGGAACACACCGCCAGAAUGCAUUAGAGAAGCUGAGUGGCCUAACACUUUUAAAACGAUUGAAAGCACAUCUUUUUAGAUUAUCAUGUAACCAGUUUACAGUAUUUUAUUAUACUUCAUUUUAUUUGCCCCCUUUAAUUAGCAGAGAUUAACAAGAAGAGUCGGGAUGACGGAUGACAGUGCGAAAGCGAAACUUUUCCGCAUCGCUUCGUUUUGCUCAGAGUCUGAUUUUACCGCGACCUCGAUGACAUCACUCUCACGCUGUGCAGUUUUACAGGAAGAAUUUGAUUAAUUGGUAAAUUCCCCGAUUGUGCACUCAGUAUUUCGUCUGUACAAACAACAACUAAGAUAAUAGGUUAUAGAGUUUCUGGAUAUAUUAACUAAUAACAAUGGCAGCUUUUCCUGAAAAAUCCGAUCCGUAUCAACAAGACGCAGCUACUGGCGGGGAAGACACAGUUGAUGAUAAAAUAAUGGAGCAAGGAGCGGUCGUUUUCAGAGGAUACGUUAUACAGAGAAUAAGCACAGAUGACCCUGAAGUGCGUUUGGCUCCCGAAGAUCUGGGCGGAAAACCAAACGAAGGACAGGAACCAAAAACAAAGGAAGUGGUGGCAUGUCUGAUCCAUAUUACUGACGAGCUCAACAGGGAUGGUGAACUUGAUAACCUAAUCAAUAGCAUUGAUACUGAUUCUUCCAAGAAUGUGUUCUUCACCGUGGCGAAACAGAUUUUCUCCGAUGACGUAACGUGGGGCAAAGUGGUUGCGCUUUUUCAUUUUGCGUACAAACUUGUAUACAAGGCACUGACAAAAAAAAACUCUGACAUCAUCCACAACAUCAUUAGCUGGCUACUGGAGUUCAUCAGGGAAAACGUUUCUUUAUGGAUCAGGCAGCAAGGUGGAUGGGAGGGUAUGUUACAGAAUGUGCUGAACUGGCACUCUGUGACCAUCAUUGCAGCAGGGAUCCUUUCGGGGGCGCUGUUGUACUGGAAGAUGUCUAACUGAUCACCUGGCACAGUCAUAAUGUUCAUUGUCAAAAGAGAUAGUAGGAUGUGGAUUGUACAGUUCAUAAAAACAGUGUCAUGAAAUGUAUUGCGUGAUCAAAAGACGAUUAAUCUAAAUUAGAUUUUACCCAGGAUU